AUGCGAGCUGACGCGUCGGACGCGCUUCCGUUGGAUGAGGCGAUCCUGAUGCUGUGGCGUCGGCAGGCAGCCGUGUCGCUCCCGUUGGCGUUUGACCGCAGUAGCCCGUCACGUCGGGAUCUUCGUGUCGAUCGACGCAUGCCGAUCGAGCAAAUCGGGAGGUCGUUACGACUUAGCGCCGGGCGUCUCAAGCUGAGUGUAUAUAACCAUGCACUGUAUCCUCUUCUCCGUCCCCCUGUUUCUGCCAGUGAGGCGGGACCAUCCUCUUUUCUCCAUCAAGAGCUUAUCGCCAGCGGCAGUCAGCGACGGCCACCACAGCGCCGGCGAGACGCCCUCGGGGGUAGCAAUGACACGCUGCGGACGUCGCUCGCCUGCAUCAACUGUCGGCGGCGCAAGCGCAAGUGCGUGCCCUCGACAAACCCCGCCUCUGUCUCCUGCAUCCGCUGCGAGAUCUUGCGCCGCCCCUGCGUGUACCCUCCCUCAAGUUGUCCGAGCGCCGGCGACGACCCACAGCCGCGGUUUCUCCCGGCGGUCACGCCGAUCAACUUCGCCGCGAUGCAAUGUCCAGAGCCUAACGCGCCGCCGCUUCCGUACACAGGCCCACCCCCGCUCCAUGCGGUGCCGCGCUACUCAGACGGAACACCAUAUCCUGAUCUUGCACUUUAUCAUCCGAGUCAUUAUCGCGUCGAUGGCGGGGAGAGCUGA